AUGGAGAAAGAAAAAGAUAAAGAAGUUGAGUUGAAGGCAGAGGAUGUCUUGCAUGCUUUGGAUGAAUUAAGUGAUAAAGAGUUUGAGAGAUUCAAGUGGUACCUGCAGCAGCCCGAGAGCCUUCCUGGGGUCCCACCACUCAGAAAGGCUCACCUGGAAAGAGCAGAAAGCCUAAACAUUGUCGACUUGAUGGUGCAGACCUACACACUUCAACGAAGCAUGGAGGUGACUAUUAAUAUUUUAAAGAAAAUUAACAGGAAUGACCUGCUGCAGAGAUUUUCUUCAGAAAAAGACAUGUGUCCUCAGCACAUUAAACCUCUGAAACUGUUCUGUGAGAAUGAUAAGAAACGUCUCUGCCAUUCCCGCUCUGUUUUUAAACACAAAAAACAUAACGUGGUUCCUCUUAGUAAAGAACAUGAAGGAAAGAAGGGAGAACCGAGGAAGACAGACAAUGAAGUUAACCGAAUGAUCCAGUGCAGACGAUUGAAGAUCAAGGAGAUUAGAAAGUUAAUGAAGACCAGUAAAGAUGCUGCAGACAGAGAGAAAGCAGAAGCUGUUCAGGUCUUCACUGCUCUGAAGGAGGCUGCUGAGAGAGGCCUGAAGGAGCUCAUCAAGGAGAUCCAAGACAAACAGAAAACUACAGACAGAGAGGGGGAAGACUUUAUCAAAGAUCUGAAAAAGGAAAUCUCUGAGCUGAAAAUGAGCUCCCAGGUGGAUUCCCUUCAAAGAUUCUCCUCCCUGAAAGCUGCUCCACCCACCAAGAACUGGACAGAGGUCAGAGUUCAUCCUCCAUCAUAUGAGGGGACUGUGGUGAGAGCUGUGGAUCAGCUGAAGGAUACUCUGUGGGAAGACAUGAAGAAGAUGUUGGAGCUGAAGAGGGUCCAGCAGUAUGCAGUGGAUGUGACUCUGGAUCCUAAUACAGCUCAUCCUAAACUCAUCCUGUCUGAUGAUGGAAAACAGGUGAAACAUGGAGAUGUGUGGAAGGAGCUUCCAAACAACCCAGAAAGAUUUUGGCUCUUUCCUAAUGUUUUAGGAAAGCAGAGUUUCUCUUCAGGCAGAUUUUACUUUGAGGUUCAGGUUAAAGGAAAAACUGACUGGGAUUUAGGAGUGGCCAGAGAGUCCAUAGACAGGAAGGGAAAAGUCGGUCUGAGUCCUCAGAAUGGUUUCUGGGUUAUUGUGUCUAGGGAUGGAUAUCACUACUCUGGGGAUGAUAUUUCAGUUCCUUUCAAUCUCCAGCCCGGUCCUGAGAAGGUGGGGGUGUUUGUGGAUUAUGAGGAGGGUCUGGUCUCCUUUUAUGAUGUAGAUGCUGCAGCUCUGAUCUACUCCUUUACCGGCUGCUGCUUCACUGAGAAGCUCUACCCAUUCUUCAGUCCCUGUCUAAAUGAUGGAGGUAAAAACUCUGCUCCUCUGAUCAUCUGUCCUGUUAAUCGGGCUCAUUCUUGUUCUGAUGAAUCUUAAUCAGAAUCAGAACCAGGCUCAGAUGAA